GUACAAUAUUCGACUUUUGCGUUACAUGUGACCUAGAUGGUUAACCUGGCGCAGUUAACAUGUUUAUAGUAUCGUUGGCCAACGAGAACUCACUCCACCGAUUUCAGUUUUGUUGAUUCUUGGAAAUUGAAACAUUUGAAGUAUGUCUACCGAAACGUUCAGCAUAAAGAAUGCUGAUAUGCCUGAAGAAAUGAGAAAGGAUAUCGUACGUAUCUGUCUCGAAGCUGUAAAACAACAUAAAAUUGAGAAAGAUAUUGCUGGUCAUAUCAAGAAAGAAUGUGAUCAAAAACAUUUACCUUCUUGGCAAUGUAUUGUUGGAAAAAAUUUCGGAAGUUACGUCACACACGAAUCAGGCUAUUUCGUGUAUAUGUAUGCGGGUGGAAACGCUAUCUUACUUUAUAAAGCCGGUUGACGGGAUUCAACAACGCUGUGAAAGUACAUGUUAUGCAAUGACAAUAAUAGUAAUGUAAAAUAAUAAAUGUUUCAAAUAAGAUUAAAAGAUAUUCAUCUUUUGUGACCAGACCUUCAAAAAAUAUGACUUCCGUUUUGUGCUUAUGGAUCGCGUUCAAGUGAUGAGUAAACCAUUACAUGAAAGCAGUCUGAGUUUCAUCUUAAAAAUCAUCGUUGUUUACCGGAUAACAGAUAUGGAAAGAGCGAAAGACGACAAAUGUAGAAGUUAUAACUCAGUUUGGAUAUUUGUGUCUAAUAAUGUAAUAUAGUUCAUGCCACUUAAGCUAUAUAAAAAACGGGUUUCGUCACUUUGGUAAUAUGAACUGACUGUUACGUGCAAUAACAAGUAAUACAUUGGACACUGUUAUUCAUGGCAAACAAAAGAUGAGUUUAGAGAAAGGACAUUAGUGCUUCACAGACAACAAAGAACAAAACAGAUAAAUACCAACAUAGUUGUUCCACAGAUUGAAGCAAGCUGAGUUCGAAAUUAGGAAUUACUCAGCCAUUGUUUGAACCAUCAAAUAUUCUUGAAGGCAGAGUGUGUAGUAUAGCUGCAACCUUGGAUCGUGUGCUUUCCUCAUAAAGUUGUGAUGGCAUGGUAUAACGCUGACAACUGCGAUUACUAGGAUUCCAGAUGAAUGAAGUACCGAUCAGUUAGACCUGGAAAAUGAGUAACAAAAGCGAACGGCAGGAGAAAUUCGAAAUGGGAGCACAAAAUUACUGCGUAGAAGUAUAUCAGGCGCGAUAUGUAUAGGUGAGUUCAUUGUACUGACCACGGAAGUUACUCAGUGAGGUGUCUUAAACCGAUUGUUCAAAUGAAGAAGAUGAAGGUGCAUAUUAAAGCAGUGAAAACAAAACUGGAGCCGAAGAUAUCACUAUGGAAUAGAGAGAAAAAGGGAGCUGGAACCAGUUAUUCGCUUAUGUGCAGAAAACUUACGCAUCAAAGUUAAUUGCAGUCAUAAACAUUUAAAUAAAACC